UCGGGUAAUUCGUACUUUGUUUCUCGUUACUUUUUAUAUACGUCAUUGUCUUUAGUUUUAUUGGAAAAUUGUAUUUUUACAGAAUUUGUUAAGACCAAAAUGGAAAGCCGAUUUGAUGCCCCAUUGAAGUUUGUAGGACGCUUAUCACAAUCAUUUGAACCCUUCAGUGCCUUGUAUAUAAGUGGAAUAUUGAAACCCACGGCCAAAUUUCUCAUUGUCACAUUGGGGACUGUAAAAGCAACUCAGCAUGCAGCUUUGAAUAUCAGGAUCGACGUAAAAGAGAACAAAAUGUUGGUUGGACACAUACUCGAUGGUGUCGAAAUAGAUGCGCCUUACGAAGCCAUUUUCAUGCGGAUGUACCAAAUAGAGACAGCUCCCAACGUUGCUCCUGGGAAGAAGUUCUCUAUUGUGAUUGUCAUGAUUGAGAAUGAGUUUUUGAUAGCAGUCAAUCAGAAAACGGUAUACGGAUAUAACUACCUCGAGGAGACUGGAUCCAAGUCUGAAGUAUUCAUCCUGGGAGGAGUUGAAGCGAUUACUCAAUUUGACUUCCGAACGAUUUUCCCCAUUGCGAUACCUGCAACGCAGUUCCAAACCGAUAACACUGUCUUUAGUACUGAGUACCCUCAUCUACUAUAUCCUGGGUUCGUGAUUCUACUAGAUGCAGUGGCCAAAGGACCACAGGAUGGUAUGUUCAUCGUCUACUUUCCUUCGAGUUAUCGUUUGCGAACAUUGCUCUGGUUCGGGGUGGAUUUCGCGACUAGGACAAUUGGUCGGAAGACAAUGAAUGAGGACAUGGAAUACGUUGACGCAGUCUACGAUGGACCGUUUCCAAUUGAGCUGAACAAACGAUUUCGCCUGGCGUUUGGUUUCACCAAUACUCAUUUCAUGCUUGCUGUGAAUGGCAAGUCCCUGGAUCCUUAUCCAUAUCCAUUUCAGCCAGAAGAAGAAGGGAAACACAAUAAUAAAAUGUUCAACUGCUUGAUGGGAUUGAAGAUAGUAACGAAGAAAAACCUGGAGCUAAAGGUUAGGAAUCUUUACCAUCAUAAGCUGGAUGAAGAGUGCGAAGGGUUAGGGACCAUUUCGCAUAUUGUCUAUGAUUUGAGCCUUGCUACCGUCUCCAUUUAAAUAUUCCAUUGGUUUUAAGUGCAUCUAAGAAAAAAUUACAUUUGUUUUAGCGAGAA